AGAGAGAGAGAGAGAGAGAGAGAGAGAGAAAAGCACGUAUGAGGCCGAGAACUUCACGGGAAAAUGAGGACGAGGGUGUCCAAUCCAUGGCUAACGAUACUAUUAUGAGCAAGAAGAAGGUGGAGAAGGAGAAGAUACUGAUAUUCGGAGCAAGUGGAUACCUGGGCAAGUUCAUGGUCAAGGCCUCCCUUUCCAUGGGGCACCCUACUCUUGCUUAUGUCCGCUCCACCAAUCCCGAUCCUUCCAAGCAAUGGUUGCUGCAUGAAUUCGAAUCGAUGAACGUCACCGUUGUACAGGGUAAUUUGGAAGAGCAUGAGAAGCUUGUGUCGGUGCUCCGGAAGGUUGAUGUCGUCAUCUCGACUCUCCCCGUCCCUCAACAUUUCCAACAACUCAAGAUCAUCGACGCCAUCAAAGAAGCCCCCAACAUCCAGAGGUUUGUUCCGUCGGAGUAUGGCAAUGAAGUGGACAGGGUGAAAGGGGCGCUGCCGCCCUUCGAAGCAUUGCUGGAGAACAAGAGGAAGAUCAGGAGAGCGACCGAGGCUGCGGGGAUUCCCUUCACCUAUGUCUCUGCCAACUCUUUUGCCGCUUACUUUGUGGAUUACUUGCUCCAUCCCCAUGAGCAGCGCGACCAUGUGGUCGUUCAUGGAACUGGCGAGGCCAAAGCCGUCCUAAAUUACGAAGAAGAUGUGGCAUUCUACACGGUAAAAGCGGCGACAGAUCCAAGAGUAGCGAAUCGUGUGGUCAUAUACCGACCUCCUGGGAACAUCGUUUCCCAGCUAGACUUGAUUUCCCUGUGGGAGAAAAAGACUGGACGGACUCUUAAAAAGAUGCUCAUUCCGGAGGAGGAUAUGGUCAAGCUCACUGAAAGUCUGCCAUAUCCGGACAACAUACCGGUGGCGAUACUUCACAACAUAUUCAUAAAAGGAGAGCAGACGAGCUUUGAGCUGACGGAGAAUGAUAUGGAGGCCUCCACAUUGUAUCCUGACCAUCCCUACACUUCGGUUGAUUCUCUCCUCGACCUUUGCUUGCUCAAUCCUCCCAAGCCCAAGUUGGCCUCUUUUGCCUGAUGCUCCUCAUGUUCAUUCAAUUAAGACGUGUGAUCUAUAGCUAUUCUCUCGUAGUUUGCCCAAGUAUGCGUUUGUCCCAACCCAUCCAUCACCGGUAUGUACUUGAUUGAUGAUGUAUGAAAAUAAUGAGGAUUUCUGUAUUGUCUUAAAAAGCCUAAUGUAACGAGUCCUUUGUGUCUUGCUCCGGGCUUCUCCAGGGCGCAUCGUCCGUGCCCACUCAAGCAUU